GCCGGGGCCCCUCCGCACGCGGCCCGGCCGCCGGGGCGUUCUCGCAGGCGCGGCCCGCCGCGGCCCGGGGACCCACGGCCGCCGUCAGCGCCGCCCCCGGCCGCGGGCUCCGGCCAGGGCUCGGUUCGUGCGUGAGUCCGCUGCGGGGAGGUUGGCGCCUGCCCGCCCGCUUUGGCUUCGCUCUGCGUCUCUCCUUUUACUCUAAUGUGUAGCGUCUCGUGUCCUUAUCCCCAGCCCGAGGAGGGGUGAAUGCCCUGACAUUUCUGCGGUGUGUCGUUUCCUGCCACCCGGUGCCAGCCGGUGCCUCAAGGCCCGCGUUCCUGUGCCGCGCAGCCCGGAGCCCUGGUGUCUGCACCCGCUGCCUGUGAAUUCGUCCAGCCUCACAGGCUCCGAACCGUUCCGAGCGCCCGCGAGCCCGAGACGUGUGUCUCCAGCCCCGACCCCUCCCAGAACCUCCGACCCGGGCUCUCAGCAGCCUGACCCUCUCCCCACGUGGGUGUCUAAGGCUCGGCCUCACAUUCCCGCCGACCCGUGCUGGCCACACUUCGACCCACCCCGUUCCCCGAAGCCGCUCUCCGGGUGGUCUAGGCCUUGAGGUCCUCCUUGACUCCCGUGUUCCUGCCUCGCCGCAUUCAGUCUGUCAGCACACCCCUCGCAUCACACACACCCUGGGCCGAUGCACAGCCCCCCACUUUCCCGCCAACCCCCACUCCUCACCCCGGCCCAGGCCACCGUCUGCCCCCGCCCGGAUUGCUUCGGUAGCCGGCUGACUGCAGUGUGGACAGUCUGACUCUGAUCCCUUUCUCUGUCGUUGCCAGUGAAUCAGGUUUCCUCGUGAGGAUAUGUGUUCCGUAGUUUACACAGAUAAAGGUAAUUUUUAGUAGCCUCCAGGCCCACCUGCACCAAAGUGUCUGCACAAGGGUCAGCCCUCUUGCUUUUUCAAAAUGUCCAUCCUGAAUGCUGAGACCAAAACAUGUCAAAAAAUACUGCCCUGGAAACUUCAUAAAUACUACAGUGUGAAGAACCCUCAGCUCAGAACAUAUAGUUGAUCUUCAUACAUCUUAGGAACGUUUGAUAAAGGACAGCAGGUUGUUUACUAUGUCUCUGCCUGGUCCAGCAGAAACAGACAUAGACCGGCAGCUCCCCGAUGCUGCAUUAGGACCCGGUAGGCUGGCCGCUGAGUGCGGGGGCAGCCCGGGCGCAGGUGACUGUCCCAGUGGCAGUCCCGGACACGCCUCCGAUAGGAGUGUUGACUAUAGCAGGUCCCAGUGUUCCUGCAGAAGUUUAAGUUCUCGCUGUGAUUACUCAGAAGACUUUCUCUCUGAAUGUUCAGAAACUGCUCUUAAUAGAAAUUAUUUAGAGAAACCCGUGAUAAAAGAGGAAAAGGACGAGAAGAAAAAGUACGUCUCUAAAAUCUCCCAAUCUAAAGUUAACAGGUGGCCUCGUUACAGAUACUUGGAUCUCACUGGCUUCUUGCCUUUCAUCUCAGCUGAAGAGCCAAUGUUUGAAUUGCCAAUGAAAUGUAAAAACCUGUUUCAACACCCCAAGAAGAUGGGCUUCAAGUCUGGCCAGAAGGAAAUCUCAGUUGAAAAAAAGCACACCUGGAAUGCACCACAUUUACAUUCCCAAAACAAUAUGAUUACCCAAAGAAGAGACGCUAUGACUCACCGCAUACUGUCAGCAAGGCUUCAUAAGAUUAAAGAGCUAAAAAACGAAGUAGGUGAUAUCCAUCGUAAGUUGGAAGUCACAGUCCUAGAAAACCAGUUCUUGAAACAGCUUCAGCUUAGGCACUUGAAAGCUAUAGGGAAAUAUGAGAAUUCACAAAAUAAUCUACCUCAAAUUAUGGCAAAACAUCAGAAUGAAGUCAAAAAUUUGAGGCAGCUACUUAGGAAAUCCCAGGAAAAGGAAAGAAGUGCAUCUCGGAAACUUCGAGAAGCCGACAAUGAGCUGCUCAAGACUAAAGACGCCUUGCAGGCCCUGCAGAAGCUUUCUGAAGACAAAAACCUUGCAGAGAGAGAGGAACUUACUCAAAGACUGUCUGUUCUUACAACAAAAACGGAGGCAAAUGACAAAAAAAUACAGAGCUUGGAAAAACAACUGAGGUUGAACAAUAGAGCUUUUAAUCGGCAGCUGGCCAUUGAGACCCGGAAGACGGUAGCAGCUCAAGUAGCUACAAAGACCCUGCAAAUGGAAGUAAAACGCCUUCAACAAAAACUUAAGGAGAAGGAUCGAGAGCUUGAAAUUAGAAACAUCUAUACUAGUCGGAUACUUAAAAAUUUACAUGACAAAGAAGAUUAUCCAAAAGUUUCUUCGACCAAAUCUGUACAAGCAGACAGAAGCUUUUCACUGACAAGUAUGAAACACCAGGAAACCCAAAAAUCAGAAGAUGUUCCAUCUUUGACAGCUAAGGGUAAAAAGACAACUGGAAACAUUGGUCAGAAAGAAAAAUCAACUGAAAUAACCUGUGCAAUUCCUCACCCUAUCAGCAAAGUUGCAAACCAAGAGGAUUCCAAGAGCAAAUAUGAAGAUUUAUCGAAGGAAGAGGAACAUUUGGAAGAACCACCACCUCUGGAGAAUACCGGAAGACAGAGAGAGAAGAAAGAAGAUCAAGAAAAGAAAACCACUCCAGUGAAAGAGGAAGAACUACCACCAAAAAGAAUUCAGGUAACUCAUCCUGAACGGGAAGGCAAGCAGGAAGACGACGCGGGGAAAGAAAAGUUCAAAAGAAGUCUCCAAAUAAACGACACGGACAAGACGCCUGGUAAAAAUGCUGCUGCAAGUAUCAAGAUCCCCUUCAGACAGAGAAAGCAUUACUCGUUCACAGACGCCAUCGAGAACCUGCAUCACGGGCUCCCUGCCUCUGGCGGGCGGGUCAGCGCGGGAGUGACGAGAGGCGGCCUAAGCACCAGCAAGCCUUGCAGGAACUCAGAAGGCCUGAAGCCAGAACAUUCUGUGAGCGGGUACGAACCCUCUUUUGGCCAGUCCUCCCGAACAAAAGCAAAAGAUGCUUUCAGAGAUAAGAAAAACAGUCUGAUGGAAGAACUCUUUGGGUCAGGCUAUGUCUUUAAUCAUGACCAGACCAGCACGGCUGCUCCUCAACAGGCUGACGAGACCCUGGAAAGUAAAAAGACGCACCAUCUACCUCCCGGUCAGGCCUCCGCCAGCAACGCUUUCGGAGAUUCUAAAGUAACUAUGGUAAAGUCCAUUAAGUCGUCUUCACCUACAGAAGGAAAAAGAAAAAUAAUUAUUUGAAUAUAAUCAAUAUCCUAAUACAUUCUGGUAUCAUAUUCGCAUUCUUAUGUGCCUUUAAUCUCAUAAUGUUAGUGUGUGUCUGCGUGGGUUUCUGUCCUUGAACUGACUUUGGAUAAUUAAGGUUUUGUUAUAACCUAAUUUUAAAAAUCCACUGUGUAUUAGCCAAUGACAUUUCAAAUAUAAAACUGUAUCUUUUUUCCCUAUACCUGAAACAUGUCCAUUAUCUUUUGGAAGACUGACUUAUUCCAUGGCUUUAAUAUUCUGUGAGACUCCAUGACUCGUUAGUCCAAGUCAGUCAGCCAAGGGUCAUACAUCUCACAUACGUAGGAAUGUUCACAGCAAUUGAAUUGUGUUUUAACUAAAAAAACAUGGAAGCAGUUUUGAAAGAGAAGAUUCUAUUAAAAAAAAAAAAGGCACAGUGAUUACCAACAGUUCUAUGAAAAUUAUUUUUGAGUGUUCUCCAAUUUAGCUAAACUGCCUUUGUGAUGACUCUCUCCUUGUCUACACCUGAGAUUCACUAUUUUUAUUUCUAUUUGUUACAUACCUAUACCAUGUCCUUUUUCCUGUUAAUAUUGCCAUAAAAGAGCACCAGGCAUAGGAGUGUGCACUCCAGUGAGCUGCUCUAUCCUAACACUCCAUUGCACUGACAGCAUCUCUUAUCGGAACUAGACGGGGCUUCACUCCCAGCACUAAUCAUUUUAUUUACCUUCAUUUAUUUUUAAGGGCAACUUAUUUACAAUGUGGACCAUGCUAUUUCCAAAAAGGUUUAUGGAUUGGUGUGUAAUAUGAGCACUUUAAAAAACUGAGAAUAGUAAAAUAAAACUUUUAAAAGAAAGUGAAAACCAUGGUGGGAAAACAAUUGUAUUUAAAACCAAAGAGGAGAUAAACACUGUAAGGGCCUAAGCUUUGAUCUUUACGAAAACCACAGAGGGGAACAGAGACGGAAGGGGAGAGAGGGAAGGAGGGAGGAGCGUUAGGUGUCCCGUAGGCUCCUAAGGGGAGAUACGCAAAUGCCCGUCAAGUGACAUGAAUGCCUGCCCUAAAUUCUGA